AAUUGCAUGUAUAGCUAGACAGCAUAGUAUAGUAGUGUUAUAAAAAAAAGUUUAGAGAUAUAUAAAUAUAUACUUAAUUAUUAUUAAAGAAUAAAUAAUAAUAAUGGUGGCUUACAAUAGUGUUGUGUUUAGGCGCCUAAUUAUUAUGGUUUUAGUAUGUGUAGCAGUGCAUGGAGGUGAAGGGCGGAUAGGGAAGACUUAUAAUGUGCUUCGUUUUGGUGCUCUUCCUGAUGGCAAAACUGAUUUUAGUCAGGCAUUGCUAAGUGCAUGGGGACUAGCAUGCAAGGACUACGGCAGCAGGGUGGUCAUCCCAAAACGGCGCGGCGCAUUCUUUCUGAACCUGGUGACGUUGAGCGGCCCGUGCGCCGGUCCGAUCAUAUUGGUGGUUAACGGCGUGGUGAGGGCCCCCGAGAAGUCCUUCCUCACGGACGGCGGCCAGCAACCGGAUUAUUGGGUAUUGUUCAACCAUCUGCGGCAGUUGACGGUCACCGGCACCGGCACGUUUGACGUCGACAACAGCGAGGACAUUGAGAUAGCGGGGGUGACAAUAUAUGCGCCCGAACACAGCCUCAACACAGACGGGAUCCACAUAGAACGGUCAAGUGGCGUGCGGGCCCACAACCUGGGCAUCAGCACCGGGGACGACUGCAUCUCGUUCGGGCAAGGGAGCAAUGACAUGGAGGUGUACGAUGUGAGGUGUGGUCCUGGCCAUGGCAUCAGCAUUGGGAGCCUUGGCAAGUACGAGGAGGAAGAGGAUGUGAGGGGGAUACUAGUCAGGAACUCAACUCUCACGGGCACCACCAAUGGGGUUAGGAUAAAGACUUGGGCGCCCUCUCCUCCGAGCAAGCUAUUUAAUGUCACCUUUCGGGACAUUGUUUUGAAUGGAGUCAGCAAUCCUAUUGUUGUGGACCAACAUUAUUGCCCUAAUAAUGAGUGUCAACAUAAGGGAGAAUCUCAAGUUGGAAUUUCAAGGGUAAAGUUCAUAAACAUUGUUGGCACCACAGGAGAUGAAGUCUCUGUAAAUAUCGAUUGCAGCAAAGACAAGCCGUGUGAGGACGUGGAGCUGGUGCGCUUGGACAUUACAACUCAAAACAAUAAGCCUACCUUAGCAACUUGCUCUUCUUAUGGGGGUUAUUUUCAUCGAUGCCUCUCUCCAACUCAUUGUACCUAGUUGCAUUGAGGGGCUUAAAUAAAAUUUUGUAUUCUUUGUCUGAAAUAAUUUUUCUCAUUUUACUUUUUAGUGGUUUUUAAUAUAAUUAAUAUUUUAAAAUUAAUAUCGAUCAAUAGUUAUAUAAAAAAAUGAUAUUCCAAAAUUAAAUUUUAAAAUAAAUCUAUUAAUAUUAAAUUUAUAUCAAAAAUAAUACGUAGUAUACCUUUUCACAUACUCAUAAAAUAAGAAUAAAUGUUGACCAAUUAA